AUGUGGCUCUCAACAUCGUCGGCGGCCUCGUUUAGCCUGCUAUGGAUCACCUUUGCUCUCUCGAUUGUUGGCGUCGUGGGAACAGCCGGGGAGGAAUUCUUUGCGGGCGACGAACACGUUCAUUUGAUGGCGAGGCAGCAGCUACCUGACCUGAGUAAAAUCUCGCCAUGCGGUUUGAACUGCCUUAUCCAGGGCAUCACAGGGGUCGGAUGCGACCUCACGAACACAACAUGCUCUUGCGCGAGCACUGGCCUGGGUCAAAUAGUUGGCCCAUGCUUGGUUGCAAAUUGUACCAUGCAAGACUCUCUCGACAUUGCGAAACUUCAACAGGGCCAGUGCAAUCUCCCACACGAAUCUGAUACCGGAAAGAUCCUCGCUAUUCUCAUCACGGUCUAUGUUACCGCCGUUACCGCGAUUGUCUUGCGACUCAUUGCGAAGAAUCUGGCAAAGACAUGGAGUCUGGACGACGCGUUGAUCAUUGCCGCCAUAGUCAUUGCGAUUGCCCCGGUAUCUGCAAUUCUUUUGAUGUCAACAAAGGGAUUCGGAAAACACCUCUACGAUCUCAAGCCCGGCGGAUUGCUUGAAAUUCUGCGACUCUUAUAUGUUGCCGAAAUUGUAUACGUCUUCGUGCUCCUAUUUGCGAAGCUGUCCCUCGUAGUCUUCUAUCUACGAAUCUUUACGGUGCCGAAAUUUCGCAUUGCCGCAUAUACCCUGAUUGGAUUCCUCGUCAUUGGCCAGGUCAUCAUCGGGUUCCUCACCAUCUUUUCAUGUCACCCAAUCGAGUUGUUUUGGAAUAGGGACAUCCAUACCGGUACCUGCCUCGACGUAAACCAACUCGCGUACGCCAACUCUGCCCUGGCCAUCAUCCAGGACCUUCUCAUCCUCGCCCUCCCGAUAGCGAUGCUGCCAGGGUUGCAGAUGAACCGAAAUAAAAAGAUUUCGGUAGCUAUGAUAUUCCUACUCGGAUCGGUCGGCUUCGUCUCCACCAUCAUCCGUCUUCAAGUCCUGGCCGUGUUCGGUAACUCCAUCGACCCGACAUGGGACUACGCCCCCGUUGUUUGGUGGACGACAAUCGAAUUAGGUGUUGUCAUUGUGUGCGCCUGCGCACCAAUGAUUCGCAAUCUGGUCGAGAAGAAAUUUCCCCGCUUUGCCCUCUUCGCCAGGUGGACGACACCAAAGCCGUCCAAAGACAGCAGUCCCUCCUCCAACGGCAGUGUGGACAAGCCAUCCAAGCCGGGACGAUAUCAGAACAUUGGACGGAGCAAUAGCCCACCUCAAUUUAGCGACAAUUACGUUCGUGAUUACAUUACGAGUCCUAAGGGACCUCCAGUACCUCCAAAGGACGGCCAGAUGCCGUCGACUAGCUACCGAGACAUGUACGCAUAUGGUGGAUCGAAGCCCAAGGUGCUUGAGCCCUCGUCGCCGCUACCUCAGCCGUAUGAUCUCUCAUGGAGGUCCACGAACCCUUAUGGAAUUCCAAAAAAUGAUCUGGAACAAGGCAUUGGCAAGACGAAUUAUAAUCUUGAUAUUGAGAUGCUGGAAAGGAAAGGGAAAGACGUGGUAGUGGCACAGAAAGAGCUCUGUUCUCUCUGCGGGAGGGAAAGCUGUAGUCACAGGUAA